CGGAUGGCCACGUUCGGGAUGCAACUGUGCCCCAGACGUUCCUCCCCAUUCUCUGGACCAACCCUGGCAGAGAAUUCUUUUUGCACAUAAGUGUUACAGGGAUGUGGCGGGGAGAAGAAAAAGCAGCUCUUAUUAAAAACAAAAUAAAACAAGCUCUUUCACUGGUGUCUCUGAGCGCUUCUGGGUCACCCUCUGAGGAUGGCUUUUCGAGGAAACACCCACGUUGUUCUGUUCCUGUUUCCGGGACACAGUCCCUCUCUCUCUGGCUGAUAGAAUUUGUGGACAGUUUUUUUGUCUCUCACUGCUCCUGUGUUAUUUUGAAGAGACUAGAAGCCAACGAGAAAGGCUGCCUAGGAGAGGAGUGGGCUGCUGCCAGACAGGCUGCAGAACUUGCAAGAUAUUCCAGGACCUUCCAGGCUGGCUUCUGAGAGAGCAGCAAUUUAAGCCUCUCAUUCUCGGAAGAAAUGGCCUGCUACCAGUUGCCUGGCCAAACACAUCAAAACACAAUGGAAGGGCCUCAGAAGGGCGGGAAAGACACCGUCACCACAGGUGGAGGAGAAGAGAGCUCAACUCCAGGAUCAUCUCCGUUGAGGAUCCUCCUGGUGGGCAAAACAGGCAGCGGGAAGAGCGCCACAGGGAACAGCAUCCUCUGCCAGCCAGCGUUUGAGUCCAGGCUGGCGGCCCAGUCCGUGACCAGGACGUGCCAGAAGGCGACAGGCACCUGGAAUGGGAGGAACAUUCUGGUGGUUGACACGCCCUCCAUCUUUGAGGCCAAGGCCCAGACCCAAGAGACCUACAAGGACAUUGGGGACUGCUACCUGCUCUCGGCCCCAGGGCCCCACGUGCUGCUGCUGGUGACCCAGCUGGGGCGCUUCACUGCCCAGGACACGCUGGCAGUGAGGAGAGUGAAGGAGAUCUUUGGGGCAGGAGCCGUGAGACACAUGGUCGUCCUCUUCACCCACAAGGAGGACUUAGGGGGCGACUCCCUGGACGAGUAUGUAGCGAACACGGACAACCACAGCCUGAGGAGCCUGGUCCAGGAGUGCGGGAGGAGGUACUGCGCCUUCAACAACCGGGCCACCGGGGAGGAGCAGAGGGAGCAGCUGGCCCAGCUGAUGGCCGUGGUCGAGAGGCUGGAGAAGGAGCGCGAGGGCGCCUUCCACAGCAACGACCUCUUCUUUGACGCACAGAUGCUCCAGCGAGACGGGGCCGGGGUGGGUGGAGACCACGGGUGCUACCUGGCCAGGGUGCAGUUGCAGGUGGAGAAGCAGAGGCGAGACCUGACAGAGAGCGAGAGUAACUGGGCGCUCAAGGCGCUCCUCAGAGCCAAGAACUGGAUGAUUUUGCAUUAUGAGUUUUGUGUUUUUCUUGUUUGGUGUAGUUUACUUUUUCUUCUUGUUUUACUGCUCAUCUUGUAUUAUCAUUGAUUCCGUGUGUCACAGCAUUUUCUGAAGAACCGCCUCACGAGACUCAUUGUUCUGCGUGUCCCCAGUUCUGAAAUUGUCACGCUCUGUAGAGGACACGGUUUGUUCUCUGUGCAGCUCCUGCCCCUCCCCCCUUUUGGACCUCUGGUUUGGCUCAGCCUCCUCCUCUCCCGAAGGGAGCCCUGCACCUCAGAAGGAGGUGACAGCAGGCUGCCUCUGUCCAAUCCCAUUCCCUUGCCAGUGACUAGUUCUAGAACAGUCCUGAGACCCAAUUCAGGCCGAUAAGAAGUGAGGAAACGUCUGCAGAGGUGGGGCCAGAAGGUCUCUCCCUUCCCAGGAGAAACGCUCAGAAAGAAACAGUCUCUCUUCUUCCUCUGGGCACGCUUGAGUCUGAAUGUGAUGCUCGAAAUCUAGCAGCCACUUUGCUACCAGCCCGAUGUUGAAGGCGACACUUCAAAGCAGAGCAGAGCGAUGGAACACACCUAAGCCCUGAGUCAACCAGCCCUGAAGCCCACCCUAUCUCUGAAUUUCCAGUCAUGUCAGUCAAUAAAUUCCCUUAUUGUUUACGCUA